UGCUGCUCAGAGCCUGGAGCGGCGGCGCGGAGCGGACUGUGCGCUCGUGACUGACCGUGUGUGGACCAAACAGCUGCGGCGCGCAUCCCGGGAGCAGGCGCGCCUCUCUGCCUCUGCGGGACUGAUUUGGACGGACGCUUUUCCCUCAUGAAAGCCAACACCGAGCAGCCGGAGACAUGUGGAAUCAUCCCGUGAAAGUGCAGCGCUUCUCGGUGGCGUGUUUUCUGUUCACAGUGUGGGCCGAGGUGUCUCAGUGCACGGGUUACUUUGAGCUCCAGCUGCUGUCGCUGGACAACCCGCGGGGUCAGCUCCUGAGCGGGGACUGCUGCGACUCCACGCGCAUUGCGGCGCGCGGCGUCUGCGGCGAGGACGAGUGCGACACCUACUUCAGAGUGUGCUUAAAGGAAUACCAGACGGAGGUCACGACCACUGGGCCGUGCACGUACGGUUCAGAGAUUACGGAGGUUUUUGGUGGGAAUAUUUUUCACUUCAAGAGUGACCAGAAAUCAGGACUGAACCGGAACAAUGACGCUGGGAAAAUCCUCAUCCCCUUCCAGUUCGCGUGGCCGCGAGCGUUCACUGUGAUAGUGGAGGCGUGGGACUGGGACAACAGCACUCACAGCAGUGAUGAGGAGCUGCUGAUCGAGCGGAGCAUCCACAAAGGAAUGAUCAACCCUGGAGAGGAGAAACAGACUGUGGAGCACAAAAGCUUGGUCACCAGCAUGCAGUACACCAUUCGAGUGCGUUGCCAUGAGCACUACUAUGGCAGCAAGUGCAACCAAGUGUGCCGUCCUCGUGAUGACUACUUUGGCCAUUAUGUGUGUGACCAGAUGGGAAACAGAAAAUGUAUGGAGGGAUGGACGGGGCCAGACUGCAAAACAGCCAUCUGCAAACCAGGAUGUCACAGCACUCAUGGAACAUGCAGCAUCCCAGGAGAAUGCAAAUGUAAGUACGGAUGGGACGGCUUGUUGUGUGACCAGUGUUUGCCAUACCCCGGUUGUGUCCACGGUACCUGCAACGAGCCGUGGAAGUGUACCUGUGAGAAGAACUGGGGAGGUCUCCUCUGUGAUAAAGAUUUGAACUACUGUGGGACCAACUGGCCAUGCAAGAACGGAGGAACAUGUAUGAACACAGAGCCAGAUGAGUAUAACUGCGCAUGCCCAGAUGGCUACUCUGGAAAGAACUGUGAGAUUGUGGAGCAUGCCUGCGUGUCUGACCCCUGUGCUAAUGGAGGGACGUGCCACGAGGUUCCGUCAGGUUUUGAGUGCCACUGUCCUCCUGGCUGGUCUGGGCCCACCUGUGCUAAAGACACGGAUGAAUGUGUCUCAGACCCCUGCGCUCAUGGGGGGACCUGCAUCGACAUGGAAAAUGACUUUGAAUGCCUCUGCACCUCGUCGUGGACGGGCAAGACCUGCCAGAUUGACAUUAACGAGUGUGCGGGAAAGCCUUGCCUCAAUGCUUACUCUUGCAAAAACUUCAUUGGUGGAUAUCACUGUAUCUGCUUUCGUGGAUGGGGUGGCCAGAAUUGUGACAUCUAUCUGAACAGCUGCCAUGGGCAGUGUCAGAACGGAGGGACCUGCAUGGAUAUGGCCAAAGGCUACCAGUGUGUUUGCCAACCAGGUUUUGUGGGUCGCCACUGCGAGGUUCAGAGAAACCUGUGCUCUAGCAGUCCAUGUAAGAAUGGUGGCCAGUGCCACGCUCUGUUGGAUCACUUCCUGUGUCAAUGUCUUCAGGGCUUCACAGGGGCAACAUGUGAGGUGCAGAAUGAUCCUUGUUGGCCAAACCCCUGUCACAACAAGGCCCAGUGUUUCAGCCGGCUGAAUGAUUUUUACUGCAGCUGUUCAAAUGAGUAUGAGGGCAAAACCUGUUCAGAACUGAAGGACCAUUGUAAGACCAACACAUGUCUUGUAAUUGACAGUUGCACAGUUGGUGUUUUCACCAACGACACCCAACAGCUUGUCAUCUCAUCUAAUGUGUGUGGAUCACAUGGACGCUGCAUCAGCUUGACUGCUGGAGACUUCACCUGCUCCUGUGAUCCGGGAUUCACUGGAUCCAACUGCCAUGAGAACAUCAAUGACUGUGCCUCAAACCCCUGCAAAAACGGAGGCACUUGCAUUGAUGGGAUCAACUCCUUCCAGUGUGUCUGCCCCGGCGGCUGGGAAGGCCCUCUCUGCGAUGCUGACGUGGACGAGUGCAGUGGACUCCCCUGUCAGAAUGGGGGCCAGUGUGUUGAUCUCCUCAAUGACUUCUACUGCAUGUGUGUUGAUAACUGGAAGGGGAAAACCUGCCACUCACGUGAGAGUCAGUGUGACUCCAACACAUGCAGUAAUGGAGGAACGUGUUACGACCACGGGGAUUCCUUCAUGUGCAGCUGUCCUGCAGGGUGGGGAGGACAUACCUGCAGCACAGGCAAGAACAACUCUUGUGAUUCGAAUCCAUGUGUGAAUGGCGGGACGUGUGUUGGAGCUGGAGACUCCUUCACCUGCAUCUGCAAAGAAGGCUGGGUGGGGCUCACCUGUACUCAAAAUGUUGAUGACUGCAAUCCACACCCAUGCUACAAUGGUGGCACUUGCAUUGAUGGCGCAAACUGGUUUCGCUGUGAAUGUGCACCAGGAUUUGCGGGACCAGACUGUCGCAUUAACAUAGAUGAGUGCCAGUCAUCUCCCUGUGCUGAUGGUUCUACAUGCUUCGACGAGAUCAACGGUUACCUUUGUAUUUGCCCUCCGGGACAAGCUGGGCCUCGCUGUCAAGAGUCGAUGGGACUAAAGAAGAUGUGUCAUCACAACGGGCUGCAGUAUCCUCAUGACAGUGAGUGGGAGGAAGAGUGUAACACCUGCCAGUGUGUCAAUGGAAAUGUUCACUGUUCUAAGGUGAGGUGUGGUCGUCGGCCCUGCCUCCUGCCAAAGUCUCUCUCAGCAGCAGAAACCAAUGCUCAGGCCUGUCCUGGAGGUCAUGACUGCAUCCAGCAUCAGUUCCUCACAUGUUUCUCACCGCCCUGUCGUCAGUGGGGUGUUUGCUCAACACCUGACCCCCCCACAGCUCUGCACACUCAAUGUGAGCCCAACAGUGGCUACCUAGAUAACAGUUGUGCUCACAUCACUCUCAUCUUCAAGAAAGACAGAGUACCACAGGGAACCACAGUGGAGAGCAUCUGCUGGGAGCUGAAGUACCUCCCCGUGACUCGCAUACUGGCCAAGGAGCAUGUGCUGCUUAUCCUUUGUGAUCUGUCGUAUUUAAGAAGUGACGCCGUGGAGGUUGCCAUGUCUUUUGAGCGCACAGAAAGUGACUGCAAACAGGUGGAGAAGGCAGUCAAUGCCCUCACUGGAGCUCUGUCCAAACAUCAGAACAGCAGCAUCUUUUCUGCAGUAAUGGAGGUCAAUGUUGAGAUGAGGGUGGAGUGCCCUUCUGUGGGUUACCUGGUUCCCGUGCUGUGUGUUGUCUUCAGUCUUCUCUGGAUCUUCUGCAUUGUCAUAUGUGUUUGGUGGAUCCAAAGGAGAAAGAAAGAGCGUGAGAGGCCGAGGUCUGAGGAGAUCCAGGUCAACAACCAGCUGGACCAGAGCAACGCCCCCAAAGAAAACCGUGACCUGGACUUCUAUUACGAAUGCAAGAAGCUGAUGAGCCCCUCUGACAGGACGUGUGAUGAGGUGGAGGGGGAGAGGGAAGAGGAGCACAGUGGGGAGAGCCAGGAGGGUGAAGAGAGAGUGGUGCUGGGUGUGGAGAACAAGCUUUCACAACAGAAGUGCUUCGUAAAGGAGUCACAGAACACGGUGGUGCUGAUAAAGAGAGGGAUGAUCUGCACGUCACACAGUGGUCCAGGGAAUCUGCUGCAACAGAUGGCUUACAGCCCCAAAGACAACCGCUGUAAAAACUUGAAUGCUGCCAGGCUCAGCGAGGACGUUAAAGACCAGUAUGUGUGAACCAACAGUCAAGAUGGAUCUUCCACUCAAGCUCUACAACAAACUGACUGGCUACUCUUCGAAGCACCUCCAGGGAGAAUGGCAUGCUUUCAUUUUCUAUUUUGUUUGGCUGUCCUUUGUUAGAUUGUUCAGGCACAGCGGAUCAUUUUACGAAAAAAAGAGAGAAAAGAGAAAGUAGGCAUGAAAGUAAAAGUCACAGCUUUAGAUUCGUAGGUUUUGUAGUCUGACAAUGCGAGGAUCAAAAAUUUAUGUUGCUUCAAAGGUUUUGGGGAGAUCCAUGUUUUUGUCAUUUCUGUCGUCUGCCUUAACCCAAACCAGUGGGCCUUUUCUACACUUUCAUACAGUUGUUUUUUCUAUCCCACUAAAAAGAAAUUGUACAUUUUUUAAAUCAUCAGAGUCCAGUAUGCGAUGGCUUACUUGACCAUCUUUGCUUCCUUUUUUUUUCUUUUCCACUUUGUGUUUUAAAGUUCUUAUACUCACGCUCUAAUUAUUCUGCUUCUACAAAACCCCAUAUUGUGUUUUGAUUUUGUUUUGGUACAAAAAGUGCCUUCUCUCCUUAUUUUAGUUUUCGUUUAGUCUCUUGAUCUUUCUACGUUAAAAGGGAAAAAUCAUACCAACAAACGUUUUACAAAGCAAUACAACUUCUUAUCAUUAUGUACAUAUGUAAAUAUCUAGAAAUGUUUGUGUAUAUUUGAGUCUAGUAAGUUAAGUGAGGCUUUGUAUUAUAGUUUUCUAAAGUGUAAGAUAAGUUUUUAUGUCAUUCCGUUUAUUAGUUUUUUUGAGACCAUGACAGACUUUAUGCAGCUUUUUUCCUUCAUAUUUUUACCUUCAGCUAAACUCGAUCAUAAAUAAUAAUUUAAGUGAAAAUACUUUGGAGUUGUAGUAACUGACAGGAUAUAAUUUAUAUGUAUAGUAUAUAUAUUUUGUCCUGGUAAGAAACCACAUUGGAGCUGUGUGUGGACAGCUGUGAGUCACUGGAAAGGUCGUCUUCAUUAUUACAAGUUUAAUGUGCUGAGUUUUUGUUGUUAAAACUACUGGAAAAUGAUUUUGGAACUUAAAGGACUCCCAUUCUUUAUAAAUCAGAAGUCUUUUUCUUCCUUUUUUCAGCUGAGCAUUUCUGUGUGCAGACACUGUUUUUAAAGCUGUUCAGACUCAGUUGUCUGUAAAAAAUUGAAAAAUCUGGAUGUAGAAAACAUGCAGUUUUCUGCUGAGUUAGCAGAUGCUUCUUGGCCUGUUUAGCUUUGUUUCUUGGUGAUGUUCCAAUCACACACUGUUUUUCAGAGGCAUCUUAAACCCACUUCACUUCCUAUUCCAAAGGGUGGCUUUGUUUAGUAUCUCUUCCAAAGCAACAGAUCUCUGUAAGCUCCGCCUGGUCAUACACCUCACCAAUUUAUUGACACAAUUCUAUGUGGCUUAUGCUAAAAGUAUUUAGCAGUAGAAAUUAUGCAAAGAAAAAAUGAAACAUUGUAUCUUUUAAAUCAUCCCUGCUUCACAAAAACAUGAUAUUAAACAAAAGUGCAGAUUGAUGCAUACUUCUGCAACUUAAAGAGCAUCAAUCGCAAAUUAAAGGUGCAGUGCCUGUAAUGAAUGUCAUAUUUCAUUUUUCAUUAUUCUUUUUUUUCUUUCAGAAAGAUCUUUUAAUUAUUUUUUUUUCAAAUAGACAAUUUAUUUAAAAAAAUGCAACAUUUCAAUUGAAUUUAGAUGAGUUCAAGUCGUGAUAUCAAGCAACCUAUGACAUUUUCAAAGUUGUUCUCUGGUGUGAGUUGUUUUUUGAAAGUGCCCUGAUUUGAGCUUUUUUCAGUACAAAUUCACGAUUGACAGGGUCCAAACAAUCUGAAGCACAGCUGCUUGAACUUACUCCGCUCCGGUUUAUUUAAAGCUUUUAUAUUUGACAGACAGUCCAAAAGCCAGCAGGUGCUCAUCACAGACAGAUCAGAUGGAGGGGGUGUGAAUGAGUCUGUGCUUUCAGAAAUGUGUCUUUUUUUCCACUUUUUCAUUUGUAACAAUGCUUGUGUUUUUUUUUUUUUUGUUUUUCUGGUUUAAUGAAGGGAACAACUUCUGUUGUGUUUGAUGCGGUUUUUAAGGCAGAAACAAACGUUAGAGAUUUCAACCACUGCAGAAAGAGAAAAAUAAUUGCAAAGAUGUUUUUUUUAUUUGAGUAUGAAUGUGUUUUUUUUUUAUAUAUUCUUUUUUAACAAGCAAGGAGAACGUACAUUUGCCUCGAUCUUUAAAUUUUAUAUUGUGGUAGCCCUGCUUUAUCUUUUACAAAAUUUGGUGACAUUUUUGGUUUUCUAGUUUUCUUUUUUCUUUAAAUGCUACUAUUAUUUAUUAAAGUGUUUUAUACCUGA